AUGAAAACAAUAAUAAUAGGAACCCUUUUCAGUUUAAUAUUAUAUACAAUUAUUAUAAAUCAAUGUAUUUGUGUCUCUAAUACACUUCCUAUUGAAUAUUUGGAUUAUGAAACCCUCAAAGAAAAUGUCAAAAUUAGAGAUAGUAACACAAAAGCUCAGUUAAUUAUUUUAUCAGCUGUAUGUAGUAGUGUCUUACUCGCAAUUAGUUCCUUAUGGGGUAUCAGAUUACAUUAUAAUCAUGAAAUGAAUAAAAAAGAAAUUAAUAAUUAUGAAUUAAAUAGUAAUCUAUUAAAAGAUACAGAUUUUUAUAUGGUAGAAUAA